AUGAAGGUGAGUAACAAGAGUCCUCCUCCUGACUACUGCCCCUCCGAAACACGUUGGCGCCCCGUACUAUUUGUUCCUGGUCCGCAAAACGCUAUACGCAGGUCGCUCAAAGGCGACAAAGAUCAGAGCAAGCCGCCGCAUUUCAGCCUUACCGCAAAAACUGCGACCUCGAUAGUGCCGCCGAAGAAGGUCAUCAAGGCGCUGUAUGACUACGAGCCCCAGAAUAAAAAUGGUCAAGAGCUAGCAUUUCACAAGGGCGACUUCUUCCACGUGCUCAGCCGAGAGGACGACACCGAAUGGUACGAGGCCUGCAAUCCUCUCAUCCCGACCGCGCGCGGCCUGGUGCCUGUCGCAUUCUUCGAAGAGAUUGGCAAGACACAGCGCCAGAGCGGACAGUCUAUCGCAUCGGCCAGUGAGCGGACGGACGACUCGGGAAUAUCGGACGUUGGCACCAAUUCACAACACCACCGGUCGGCGUCAUCUGCGACAACAAAGCCGUCACAUCAGAGAGGACUGAGUGCGAUCAUGGGUGGGAAGACUACAGGCGCUAUGGUAUAUGGAGUGGUUCAAUAUGAUUUCAAUGCCGAAAGAGCAGACGAGCUGGAAGCAAAAGCAGGAGAGGCCAUAAUAGUCGUUGCACAGUCGAAUCCCGAAUGGUUCGUCGCGAAGCCAAUAGGACGGUUGGGAGGCCCAGGGUUGAUACCAGUGUCCUUUGUCGACAUCAAAGACACUGCAACCAUGCAGUCGGUGCCGGAUCCACUAGAGGCAGUCCGCAAGGCUGGAGUACCACGAGUGGAAGAAUGGAAGAAGUUCGCGGCCGAGUACAAGAACAGCAGCAUCAGCCUGGGCAAAUUUGAUGGAAGUGUACAGCAAGCGACCAACGACAUGGGUCGCAUGAGCAUACAGAACGCCCAGGGAAAGAACAUAUACCCGCCCUCAAUGUCAGGGCCAGACCCCAACCUGCCGCCUGCACCAAUACAAGCCUCUGUACCAAGAUACUGUUUUGACAACGACAUGUACUGGUACAUCAUCGAAUGCCAGCUUGACGACGGCCGCUGGUUUGAAUUAUCACGAUAUUACGCUGACUUUUAUGACUUACAAAUCGCCCUGAUUGAAGCGUUUCCUGUCGAGGCUGGGAACAGGAAAGAGCCGCGAACACUCCCAUUCAUGCCUGGCCCAGUGGCGCACGUCACAGACGCCAUCUCCAACGGCCGAAGGCAAAACUUAGACGACUAUAUUAAACAGAUCAUCGCCAUGCCACCACACAUAUCAAAGAGCAUUCUGGUGAGGAAUUUGUUCAAGCCGAAACCAGGGCAGGACUUCGAAAUUGACCCGAAUGCGCUGAAUGACGACUACCGACUAUCUGGCGGUUCCCAGCAAUCACUGCAACGAAUACAAUCAAAUCAACAGCAAGCGACCCGCCAAACCUCAAAUCCACAAAUGGGUAAUGGCGGCGGAGGCUAUGGUGGCAUGGGACCUCCGCCGCCUGUCGGCCCAGGCGCACGCAUGUCACACCAGCGGCAGCAGCCUUCUGUAGGCGGCGGCGGCUACGGUGGCCUCACUUCUCCCGUCAACCCAGGAGACCGACCCUACCUCAAUCCGCAAGCAUCACAGUCCUCCGGCAUGAACGCUAGUGCCGCUGGUGGCGCAGGUGGACAGCUAAAAGUGAAAGUCGUGUUCCAGAACGAUACCUUUGUAAUGCGCUUUCCCCAGGAUAUAGGAUUCAUGGAGCUGAAAGACAGAUUGAAGCAAAGAUUCAAGAUCGGAAAUGCUGAAAGAGUGAGUGUGAGGUAUGAGGAUCGAGGUAGUGGCAAUUCUUUGGUGGAGCUGGACAACGAUAGGGCGUUGGAUGCGGCGAUCGAUCGAAGUCAGGGCGCUUUGAAGAUUCAUGUUGAGGGUGGAUCAGGGUCAGGCUGA